CAGACUCAGGUGAGAGGACGGACGUCAUCGCACAGUGAGAGCUUCUGUUUGUGGUUUUAACUUCCUGCUCAGUAAAGAUGUCCGCGUUCAAGAAGUUCUUCAAAGAUAUCAUCCGUAAAGGAGACCCGGCGGACGACACCGUCAGAGUGAAGGGUAAAGAGAAGCCUAAAUAUUAUGGAACAAUCACUCCGUACCCAAACUUCAACGCCAGCAGCGACGCUUCGGUCCUUCAGAGCGCCAUCGAAAGUAAAGACGUGGACGAGGACGUGAUCAUCGCCGUCCUGGUGAAAAGAAACAACGAGCAGAGGCAGAAGAUCAAAGCGGUUUAUGAAGCGUCCACUGGGAAGAGUCUGGAGGCGGAUCUGAAAUCAGCUCUCAGGUCAGAUCUGGAGGACGUCUCUCUGGCUCUGCUCAAGCCGCCGGCUCACUUUGACGCCUACCUGCUGAGGAAAGCCACCAAGCGUCUGGGCACCGACGAGGACGUCCUGGUGGAGGUUUUUGCAACCAGAACAAACGACGAGAUUAAAGAGAUCAAGAGGGUCUUCAAAGAAGAGUACGAAGAAGAUCUGGAGGAGGUUGUUAAGGACGAGACCGGAGGCGACUUCGCCACGGCUCUUCUGUCCUUGAUGAGUGGAAACAAAGACGAGAGCCAUGAAGUGGACUCUGAUCAGGCCCGAAAGGAUGCAGAGAUUCUGUUUGAAUCAGGCGAGAACACCAAAGGAAUCGACGUCCCCAAAUUCAUUGACAUCCUGACCACGCGGAGCGGCCCUCAGCUCUGUAAAACGUUCCAGCAUUACGCCGCCAUCAGCGACAUCACAUUACCUAAAGCCCUGGACAUGGAGCUGAGCGGAGACAUUGAGGACUGUCUCAUCGAUGUCGUGAAAUGUGCCUGGAACAUACCGGCCUUCUUCGCUGAGAAGCUCCAUCUGGCCAUGAAGGGUCAUGGCACAUGUGAGGAUACGCUGAUCAGAGUACUGGUGAGUCGCUCUGAGGUCGACCUGAAGAAGAUCGUUGAGGAGUACCGGGCCAUGUAUGACACCACCCUACAGGAGGCCAUACUGAUGGACACCAAGGGACAUUAUGAGAAAAUCCUGCUUGGAUUGUGCGGACCUCACUGAAGUUUUGUCGUCACCACUCUGGGAGUUGAGGCCAGAUCGUUUUUCCCGGACUCAAAUCUCACAUCUUUAACAAUCAUGAGGAAUUCUUGACUAAUCUCUUCUACUGAGCGGAUGUUGAAAUAAAACCACUAUACCAGCAACGAAGCAUCUCAUACCUUCUUCAUGGCAAAACCCAUUCGUCUCUGCUUUUUUCAUGUCCUCAAACAUUUUGUUUUUACCUUUUGGGGUGAAGUUAUGAUCCCAUGUUUGACAGAUUUUAGUAAACAACUGCAAAAGAGGCUGAAGAUGUAUAUGCUUGUUUGCACACUUUAAAUCCAGUGUACCACCAAAAUGCUCAUCCUGAUGUCAAACUUCGCUGUGACAUCUUAGUGCAGUCCAGUUUUUAAUUAUCUUAAGUGAUCAAAAAGCUCAUCUGUUUCAGCAUACAAGAGAUGAGAAUAAGGUUUCCACACAUUUAAUGUUUUUCUUUUUUACAGUAACCUGAUCGGCAGACAACCUCUAGUUGUACAUUAAGCAGUGAAUUCACAUGGUUCGUAAACUUUUUCAGCUUUAAUGUUAUUUUCAAAAGCAUAAAUCACAAAAUUUACUUCAUAAAUGAAACAUCUGGUAGCUAUCAUUAUAGGACGCGGUUAGACUUGAAUGCAUUUCUUUCAUAUAUUGAAAUGAAGUUUAGGGUUUAACAGCUCUGAUGUGCAGCUGCAACAUCAGAAAUAAACAGCUGCAUUGAGGGUCACUGAUUUGGGGAAAUAAACAUCAAUUUACACGA